AAAAUGAAAAAAACGUAAUGAGCAAAAAGACGUGCAGAAGAAGGGGGGAUCUUCAACUGGGUGAUUCCAUCACAUCACACUCCACCAAACCGAAGAUUGAUUCCUCUUCCGCAAACGAGAAGAGGUAGUUUUGUUGAUCGAGAAAAACAAUGGAUGAUGAAGUUGUUCAGCGAGUGUUCCAUGAAGGAGGACGCGAUUACUUCCAACAGCAGCCUUCAACUUCUUCGUCUUCAUCCUCCAUCCUUCAAUCUCUCCCUCUUCAUGUGUCUUUUGAUCAUGGAUAUUAUUUGUUGGUAAAAUCUAUCCAAGAACUGAGAGAGAAAAAGGAUGGCCUUGUUACAGUUGGUAUUGGUGGUCCAAGUGGUUCUGGUAAAACAAGCUUAGCAGAAAAGGUGGCAUCUGUUAUUGGUUGUACUGUUAUAUCAAUGGAGAAUUAUUGUGAUGGAGUUGAUGAGGGGAAUGAUCUGGAUUCUAUAGAUUUUGAUACCCUGAUCAAGAAUCUUGAGGAUUUGACUAAAGGCAAUGAUACAUUAAUCCCAGAGUUUGACUACCAGCAGAAGAGACGUGUUGGCUAUAAAACAAUAAAGAGCGCUCCAUCUGGGGUAAUAGUUGAUGGUACAUAUUCAUUGCAUGCAAAAUUGCGGUCUUUACUGGAUAUUCGAGUUGCUGUGGUUGGUGGUGUUCAUUUUAGCCUGCUUUCUAAAGUUCGCUAUGACAUUGGAGAUUCUUGUUCACUGGAUUACCUUAUAGAUAGCAUUUUUCCAUUAUUUAGGAAGCACAUUGAGCCAGAUCUUCAUCAUGCACAGAUCAGAAUUAAUAACAGCUUUGUCUCAUCAUUCAGAGAAGCAAUCUACAAGGUUAAAUGCAGAAGUGAGUCUUCAGAUGGACAUUUUGGGUCUGCCUUUCAAGGAAAUGAAGCUCAAACAGAUAAUUUUAUCGAAAUGUACCUUAGACCACCUUCGGCGAGUGAAGAAGCAAGGAUAAAUGAUUGGAUCAAAGUGCGGCAGUCUGGAAUUAGAUAUUAUUUAUCACUUGGUGACCAGAGGAUUGUUGACAAGAAUUUCAUUAUCAGGCCUAAAGCUGAGUUUGAGGUUGGUCGAAUGACAUUGGGUGGAUUAUUGGCACUUGGGUACACUGUUGUGGUUAGUUAUAAACGUGCAUCUACAACUGUCAAUAAUGGCAAGGUUUCAAUGUCUUUUGAAACUAUUGAUGCUCUUGGUGAGAGAUUCAUGGUGAUGAGAGGAACUAAUAGAAAGACUGUUGGAACAGAAGCAUUGGGGAUGGGUAUCAAUGGACCUUGGAUUACUAAAUCAUAUCUGGAAAUGAUUCUUGAAAGAAAAGGUGUACCACGUCUUAGUACACCACCACUUGUGUCUAGUGCAACCGUGGCUGGUAAUCAAGAAACAGCAAUCAUUGCACCAAAGCCAAUUCGUGUUUCUCCUAACCUUGUUACUGGGCUUGAAGAUUUAUCUCAGCCGUGGACUCGAUCCCCGACAAAAUCUAAAAUGGAUCCUGUUAUGGCUACGUGGCAUUUCAUACCUUCAGAUUCCUCUCAGCCUGGCCAUUCAGUCCUAGAUCCUUCAUCUUUCAGGGAUAGCAUUAGGCUUGCUCCAAUGCCUGAUUCAUAUGACUUGGAUAGGGGAUUGCUUUUGGCAGUUCAAGCAAUACAAGCUUUGUUAGAGAAUAAAGGUGUCCCGGUCAUAGUCGGAAUUGGAGGUCCAAGUGGGUCUGGAAAGACUAGUUUGGCUCAUAAAAUGGCUAAUAUAAUUGGUUGUGAAGUAGUUUCCCUGGAAAGCUAUUAUAAACAAGUAAAGGAUUUUAAAUAUGAUGAUUUCAGCGCUCUUGAUUUAUCAUUGCUAUCAAAGAAUAUUGAUGACAUAAGAAACAGUCGAAGAACAAAAGUACCUCUAUUUGACUUGGAAAGUGGUGCUCGGAGUGGUUUCAAGGAACUUGAAGUAUCUGAAGAUUGUGGAGUGAUUAUAUUUGAAGGCGUCUAUGCUUUGCAUCCUGAUAUCCGAAUAUCACUUGACUUGUGGAUUGCUGUGGUUGGAGGUGUUCAUUCACAUUUGAUUUCACGAGUUCAAAGAGAUAAGAGUAGAGUGGGAUGUUUUAUUUCCCAGAAUGAGAUCAUGAUGACAGUGUUUCCUAUGUUCCAGCAGCUUAUUGAACCUCAUCUUGUUCAUGCACAUGUAGCUUAUCAAGAUAUUCUUGCAAUUCUUGAUCCAGCAAAAUUUUGCAGUUCAGUGCAGAAAUUUAUUGAUAUUUACAUAAGGCUUCCUGGGAUCCCUUCCAAUGGGCAGUUGAGAGAUAGUGAUUGUAUUCGUGUCAGAAUAUGUGAAGGCAGAUUUGCGUUACUGAUACGGGAGCCUAUCAGAGAAGGAAACUUCAUCAUUCAGCCUAAAGUGGAUUUUGAUAUUAGCAUCAGUACAGUUGCUGGUCUUCUUAAUCUUGGGUAUCAAGCAGUUGCUUAUAUUGAAGCAUCUGCAUUCAUCUAUCAGGAUGGAAAGAUUCUGAUUGAGGUUGAUCAUCUACAAGAUGUUCCUGGCCCAUACAUUCAAAUAAAGGGUGUUAAUAAAGAUGCAGUGGCAACAGCAGGUUCAAUGCUUAAAUUGGAUGGUUCAUAUACUACUAAGAGUUAUCUUGAUAUAAUCUUGGAAAGACUACCAGCAAUAGAGAGAACUUCUGGUGGGAUUCAUUCUCAGCAAUCAGCAAGGCUGCUAGAGAUUGUUGAAUUUAUUCAAUCUCAGGGGUGUAGUUCGGCUUCUGAAUCCUCACCAAGCAGGUUAGUCUCUCCAAUUGAAGGGAUUGUUGAGGAGAUGCAAUCAAGGAUUAGAAGACUUGAAAGGUGGCUUGCUAUAAAUACGCAGGUUCUAUGGACAUUCCUGAUGUCUGCCAUUGUUGGUUAUUCACUUUAUCAAAGGAGGCGUCAAUGAUGAUCUAUUUUCAGGAUCAUGCAUUGGCAUUCUUGUUUAGUACCUUCCUAUACCGGGCUCAAUUUUUUCAAAGAGGCGAGUCCAUAAACUAACUACAGUCGCUAAUCCCUUGAGGGUAGGUUCAAUUAAUAACUGAUGCGGUUCAUCAAUUCCAAAGGUUAAUUGUUAAAAAAUCCAUAUGUAAAUAAUUUGGUGAAGAAUAUGAAUUGGAGAUUGUGGAGCCGUCGCACACUUCCCUACCAUAAAAUUUGUCAAACAAUGAAAAUAUUAUGACUCAACGCACCUAACAACGUCAAUGAUCACAAGCAAAACAAUGGAUAGGUAUCAGCGAAUGGCUUUGCUGGUCUUAGGAGACGGAUUGUAGCUGGUUUCGAGGUUCAAUUUUUGCUUGAAAAUCGAAGGUUAAAUAUUAUUUUCUCUAAACCGUAGUGAUUUACAAUUGAUGUUCUAAACAAAUAAAACAGUUGGUUUACCCAUCUAAUCAUCAAAAUUCAAAAUUGACCUAAAACGUUGAGAACAUGAUUUCUUUUUUCCUUUCAAUUAAUCAAAACCGUCAGUUUUGUUAAUAUAGCUUAUUUUUAACAUUUUUUGUUACUGACCAUUAAUUAAAAUUUAAUGAGACUUGUGCAAUUAUAUAAAUUUUAUUU